AUGAGAAGUGUUGGAGUAUCUGAAAAAGUAAUAGAGAAUGGGAAGUAGAUAGAAACAGAAGAAAUUGAUAGAGUUAGAAAAAAAUUACAAAAUCAUGAUAAUAUGAUAAGUUUAUUAAUGGAUACAUAGUAAUUACUAUUUCCUUAUUAAAUAGAGCAUAAUUGAAAUAAACAUUAUAGAUAUUUAAUACUUCUGAUGAUAUACAAUCAAGUAUAAAAAGAUGUUUAAAUUUUAGAAUUACUUUCUCAAUUCGAUGACAAAAUUUAUUAACUUAAAUAGGAAUUAAAUGAUACUAGAGUUAAUGACACUGUUAGAUAAGUUAAAGGUAUUAAUAUAUUUAUAAUUAAUAGAGAAAUGUAAUGCUUGUUGGGUAGUUCUUGGUGAUGUCAAUGAAAGAGUUGAAAAAAUGUAGAAAUACUUAGAUGAACAAACAGAAAAGAAAAAGUCUGGAGGACUCUUAUAAAAAGCUGCUUCUUAUAUCAAAGCAUCCUGAAU